CUUCGUGAACUGCACGUGAACUGCUAAUGUUAACUUUUAGCAAAUAGAUUUAGGUGAUCAGCUCAAGUGUUGUCGUGUGGGGCUGCCACGUUUGCUGUCACAUUUGUCUGGGCCACACGGAAGCAAGAUAUUUUUUUUGUAAUCAUCCUUUUAAGAGGUGAUGGAGGUUGGCGCAAGUCCGUUGCUCUAUGAACUGCUGCUCCAGAUAGGCCAGGGCUCCUUUGGCAAGGUGUACAAAGCCAGGGAGAUAGGCGGAACAGGGCGUCUCCUGGCGGUGAAGAAGUUCCACAGCGAGUUGUCGAGAUCGUCGGGCAACAAUGGCAUCCCUCCGUACAUGCUACGUGAGGUGGCGCUGCUGUGUAGGAUGAAGUUCUUUGACCACCCCAACGUCAUCAAGUUGUUGGAUGCGAGGGCCACAAUGGUGAGCAAGGCGUUCGACCUCACGGUGGUGUUGGAGUACAUCGAACAGGACCUGUCCACUUACCUGUCCAGAGCCCCUCCGUCUGGACUCAGCUUGGACGACAUUAGGGCCAUAAUGCUGCAGCUGAUGCGCGGCCUGGACUUCCUGCACGUCAACAUGGUGGUGCACCGCGAUAUCAAGCCGGAAAACAUCCUGAUCAGCAGCGGCGGCCUGGUCAAGAUCGCCGACUUCGGACUGGCUCGCAUGUAUACCGUCAACAUGGCCCUCACGCCAGGUGUUGUCACGUUGUGGUACCGAUCUCCGGAAGUGCUGCUCACCUCUGUUUACACGUCGUCUGUGGAUGUGUGGAGCGCGGGAUGCAUAUUUGCUGAGCUCUUCCUGCUCAAGCCGCUCUUCAAAGGAUCCUCUGAAGCGCAACAGCUGCAAAUGAUCUUUGAGCUCGUUGUUUUUGCUGCUGUCAAUCACUCCAGGUUCAUCGGUUUGCCCACUGAGGUUGAUUGGCCCCAGCACAGCCCCGUUGCCUACUCACUUUCCUUUGGGCCCAAGGACCCCAAUCCCCCGCUGCUGGCCUCGCUGAACCCCCACGAGAGAGACCUCCUUCUGCAAUGUUUAACCUUCACGCCAAGCAGACGCAUCUCGGCCGCUGGGGCCCUUGCUCACCCCUUCUUCAUCCAGCACUGAAGGAAAGUAUUCACUCUGUUCGAUGUUAAUAUUGCGUCUUUACAAAGCCACUAUGAGCACCUUAAAAUGGACACUUUUUGUUGUUGAUUUUGUCCAAGUUAUCUGUGAAGAGAUGUUAUGCCUUGGAAGUCUGUUCACUGAAUUAUGUCAGUGCAAUUUCUAACAUUUUUCUAUUCUACUAUGUUUGAAACAGUUUAUAAUGAGUGUUGCCUUUAAGAGCAGUACAAGCCCUUUCAUGGCUGACUUCAAGCAGAAAAACUGAAUAAAGGAAAUGUUGUUGUUUUUUCCACAAUUUAUAAUUCUCUCCAGGUGUCUUAAUAAAAUGUCUGUGACGUGCACUAAAAUAAAAAUAAAAAGAGUCGUGCCA